ACUGCAGCAGAGUCCUGAGAGCAGAGGAAGCCUCCUGUCCGGGCAGAGUCCUGAGAGCAGAGCAGAGGAAGCAUCCUGUCCGGGCAGAGUCCUGAGAGCAGAGCAGAGGAAGCCUCCUGUCCGGGCAGAGUCCUGAGUGCAGAGGAAGCCUCCUGUCCGGGCAGAGUCCUGAGUGCAGAGGAAGCCUCCUGUCCGAGCAGAGUCCUGAGAGCAGAGGAAGCCUCCUGUCCGGGCAGAGUCCUGAGUGCAGAGCAGAGGAAGCCUCCUGUCCGGGCAGAAUCCUGAGAGCAGAGGAAGCCUCCUGUCCGGGCAGAGUCCUGAGAGCAGAGGAAGCCUCCUGUCCGGGCAGAGUCCUGAGUGCAGAGCAGAGGAAGCCUCCUGUCCGGGCAGAGUCCUGAGAGCAGAGGAAGCCUCCUGUCCGGGCAGAGUCCUGAGAGCAGAGGAAGCCUCCUGUCCGAGCAGAGUCCUGAGAGCAGAGCAGAGGAAGCCUCCUGUCCGGGCAGAGUCCUGAGAGCAGAGGAAGCCUCCUGUCCGAGCAGAGUCCUGAGAGCAGAGGAAGCCUCCUGUCAUGGUGAAGGAUGAAUCCGUUGCCCAUUCUCAGGACCCCAGCCAGUCCUCAGAGAAGCCCAUCAUCCGCUGCCAUAAAUGUGGGGAGCCCUGCAAAGGCGAGGUGCUGCGCGUCCAGUCCAAGCAUUUCCACAUCAAGUGCUUCAUAUGCAAAGUCUGUGGCUGUGACUUGGCGCAGGGCGGCUUCUUCAUCAAGAACGGGGAGUACCUGUGCACGUUGGAUUACCAGCGCAUGUACGGGACGCAGUGCAGCGGCUGCGGAGAGUUCGUGGAGGGAGAAGUGGUGACGGCGCUGGGAAAGACCUACCACCCCGCCUGCUUCGCCUGCACCGCCUGCAAGCAUCCUUUUCCACCUGGAGAUCGUGUGACGUUCAAUGGGAGAGACUGUCUGUGCCAGGAGUGCGCCGCCCAACCGAUGUCUCCCGGAGCAAAGGAGCUGUCUGCAGCCAGCAGCUGCUCGGGCUGCGGCAGAGACAUUAAGAACGGACAAGCAUUGCUGGCCCUGGACAAGCAGUGGCAUCUGGGAUGCUUCAAAUGUAAAUCCUGCGGCAAAGUCCUGACCGGAGAAUAUAUCAGCAAGGACGGCUCCCCGUACUGUGAGAAGGAUUAUCAGGUCUUGUUCGGGGUGACGUGUGAGGCUUGUCACAAGUUCAUCACUGGGAAGGUGCUGGAGGCUGGGGACAAGCACUAUCACCCGAGCUGUGCACGAUGCAGCAGAUGUCACCAGAUGUUCACUGAAGGAGAGGAAAUGUACCUUCAAGGGUCUACGGUCUGGCAUCCCGACUGUAAGCAGACGACCAAGGCAGAGGAGAAGAUGCGGCGAUUGUCAUUUUUUUUCCCGGGGUCCAUAAAGAGAAAGCCCACCAGGUCUUCAGCUGAGAGUGUGUAUUCCCGCACCGGAUCCAGUAUACCGGGCUCACCGGGCCAUACCAUCUGUGCUAAAGUGGACGAUGAGAUCCUGGACUACAAGGACCUCGCCGCCAUCCCUAAGGUGAAAGCCAUCUACGACAUCGAGCGGCCGGACCUCAUCACCUACGAGUCCUUCCAUACGUCCACGUAUGACGAGCGGCAGAACGUGGGGGAGCCGCAGAGCCCCCGGAGCGACCGUUCCUCAGUUCUGAAUGAGAGAUCUCCCAGAACCUUGUCUCCCACUCCUUCCACCGAGGGCUAUAUGGACGGACGAGAGCGGAUAAUCCAGCGGUCUACCAGCCAGGGCUCCCUCAACUCCCCCGUCUACAGCCGCCAUAACUACACGCCCACCGUCUCCCGCUCCCCGCAGCAUUUCCACAGACCCGAGUUGCUAUGUACUGGUGUGCAGCGCUUGCCGUACAUGCGCAAUGGCAGCUUCAGCUCCGCCCACAGCGACUCCCGUCCAAACUCCCCCUUCAGGCAUCAUACAAUACUACACGUGAAAGGCACUGAGCCAUCCAGCGGCAGGAGCUCCCCACUCCCCUAUCGGCCAGACAGUCGCCCUUUAACACCAACAUACGCUCAGACCCCUAAACAUUUCCAUGUUCCAGAUCAAGGACUGAACAUUUACCGGAAACCUCCUAUCUAUAAGCAGCACGAUGCAGCUGCCAUGGCAGCGUUCAACAACUCCGAGGAUAUCAUCAAGUCUUCCAAGUUCCCAGCUGCCCACGCUCCGGCGCCCGGCGAAGUCCCAAAGAUUGAGACCGACUAUUGGCCCGGUCCUCCCUCACUUGCUGCUAUAGGGGACACAAGAAGAAGAUCCAGCGGUCGGGAGGAGGAAGAUGAGGAAUUGCAGAGACGACGACAACUUCAGGAAGAACAGUUGAUGAAGCUGAAUUCGGGUCUCGGACAACUAAUACUGAGAGAGGAGAAGGAGAGCCGGGAGCGGCCGCACUCCGCCAGCAGAUACGACUCCGCGCUCCUGUCCUCUCUUCGCUCUGAUGCCUCCAAGACGUCCUCACUCCCGGGGUACGGAAGGAAUGGCCUCCAUCGGCCGGUGUCCACGGAUUUUGCCCAGUACGACAGUUAUGGAGACAUCAGUGGUGGAGUGCGAGAUUAUCAGUCACUACCAGAUGGCCAUGUUCCCGUCAUGAGAAUGGAUAGGGGAGUGUCAAUGCCUAACAUGUUGGAGCCUAAGAUUUAUCCAUACGAGAUGCUGAUGACAACGAACCGAGGACGCAACAAGAUGCUGAGAGACAUGGACAAGACUAGACUGGAGCGCCACUUGGCACCUGAAGUCUUUCAAGACCUUUUUAAAAUGACGAUACAGGAAUUUGACAAGUUGCCUCUUUGGAAGCGGAACGAUCUGAAGAAGAAGGCCCGGCUUUUCUGAGCUGCUGCCGUUCUAGGAAGCAAUCCAAUACUGCGCCCCCUUGUGUCGGGGUGGUGCCAGUCACCGGGGUGUGGAGGCUCUGCCGCUUUCUUUCUUUGGUGUGCCAUUGGACUUUGAACAGCAAGCUGAAUGCCUGACAGGUUUGGCAUCUCUGCCCACUGGAUCCCAGUACAGGAGGGUUGUGCCAGCCGCCUGCGUGAUAGAUUUGUGUGCGGUUGUGUGAGAGAACAUAAUGAUGGCGUCUGCGCUGCACCACCCGCUCUGACCAGUCCUCGUACCAGGAGCGGGCACUGCGUUAUAACCACAUUCCCUAGAACAGUUUGGACUGCCCCGAAACUGGAUUUUAGCCGAAUUCCCGCCAGCCCCCUAUUUAUCUAGAGCAGCGCGGGGGCGAUCACUCACUUAUAUAGGAAUCGCGCACUCCCACAUGGCUCUAUAUCAGGCCGGUGCCAUAUUUAUUAACCUUAGCUUUUCUUUCCCUUUAUUUUGGGCGUCUCGCUGCUUCUCAUAGGACUCAAGCCCUGGAGGUUCCCCUCCCCCCACCUCAGGGGCGUCUCCUAAUAUAGAUUGUGCAGUCUGGAGCAUUGCUAACAUUGUUUCCAUAUCGACCAAGUUAGUAUCAAUUUUCUGGCAACAUUGUAUCAAUACUCUGGUUAGUCUCUCUUUGACCUCCUGUGGGGUCCCUAGUGGUGGUUUGGAGGAGUGUGGGUGCAGCAGAGGAAGGGCCGCCCCGCUCGGUACGGUUUGGGCAGCGCUUGGCUACCUGCUUCUGCCUUGGUGAUCUUGGGUAGGUUUCUCUUGUAGCUUCUGGUUGGAGAGCUGCUCGUGCGCUGUGGGUUUCCUCUUUGCCCCCUCAGCGCCUGCGUCUCCCUGCCCCCCAUCCUCAGACACAUUGACAAUCGGGGAAGCUGGGACGCGGAGGGGACCUGCAGGGAUAUACACGAUGCUGCUUCUUUCUGAUCAGUCACCAUUUAGAAUAGAACAGGAUUUUCUAUCAAAUAUAUUACAGGAUGAAAGUAUAACUUUGUAUGCGUGACCGCCACCCGAUUAUUGCAGGAGCACCCCCCAAUCCUGCAGUGGUGCUUUCCUGUAGGGCUGAUCCAUCAGUAUUGAGAUCCUCAUGUAUAUCUGUGCAACCUACAUUAAAGCAAAUAUUACAGAAA